CAGCUUUCUGUUGUGUGGCCUUAAAUGUCGGGCCAUUACAUCACAUUUAGCUCCCGGUCCGGAUUUCAAAGUUGUGUAUGAACGACUGGGACUCUCAAUCUGCAUAUUGAACCCUCACUUCUGAAAGCAACACAAGACAACGACCAUCCAUAAUGGCACAACCACCUCCAGGACCCGGAGGACUCUACAGAGCUCCACCUAUAUACAGAUUCGCUGGUACAGCAUUGGGAGCAAGCAUGUGGUUCUUCUUGAUGUACCGCGCGAAGAAAGAUGGUCCUGCUUUGUUGGGCUGGAAGCAUCCUUGGGAUCAUUGAAUGUCAGAACGAGAAAAUGGUGCGGCGGCAGUCAGGAUGUAUCCAUGUGCUGCCAGGACCCAGACAAUCAAGAGA